GCUGUGGCUGCGUCCGUUCAAUUCAAUCAUCAAUCACUUCUCUCCUGCGUCACGAAUCUCAUCGUCGUAUUAUCCCACCGCUCUACUCUCCAUAACUAUUCCCCUGCUGAGCUUUCGUAUUCGUCGAAAGUCUCGUAACACAUUGUUCCUCCUAUUCACCCGCUAGCUCCAUCGACUUCCGUCUUAUCACCCCAUCCCCGAACCUCCGAUCAACAGCAUGUCCACAACGGCGGUUUGAGAACACACAAUACUCCCCCUUACAGUAAUAUCUGCGGAAUUCGCGUGCGAGCAGCUGGUCGACAUAUCUUUCAAUGAUGGAUAUUGUCCAGGGCCGAGCUUAGCACCGUGUCGUUCCGGUUUCAGCUGAGAUCCGGUUGAUGGCUUCGGUUGCCGCGAUGCCGUCGUUGGCAGGUUUGGCACAGCCCGUGGCCGAUGCGUUCCACUACCGAUCCAAGAAGCACUCCCAUGAGGAGAGAGAUGCCAUGGAGAAUGAGAAGAACGAUACCACCCAGACGAAUGGGGAUCUGGCCAAGUCGAACGGCCUCCCGAAUGGCCGAGCGACGUCCUCAAAAGAGAUAGAACGUCCGAAUGGCGCCGCAUCGGAAUCGACCUCAUCCGGGAUUAAUGGGAUCAGACGAGACAGCAAAGAUGGACCAGAGAACACUCGGCUGCCAUCAAUUGAGGAAGCGGAGCGGCAGCAGCCGGUCACUCAGCCACGCGCGCCGCUCGGGAGUCUCCGUGAUGAUGGAUCUUUUGCAGCGAUCGAGAGUGCCAAAUUCUUAGGCCCGCAGCGAUUCGGAACCACCAGCGUGCAGCUCGAGGCCUCACCAAGUAUCGCACCAACUGAUAAAUCGAGGGAGCAUAAAUCGAGGGAGCCGGCUCCGGCUCCAAAUCCCGUCGACCACUCCCCCCAGUCCGCACGGAACUCGUCCAUCGCUCACACAGAGCGGCUCUCCGAAGAUUCCGCGCUAAAAUAUUCUUCACCCUAUCGAAUGUCGACGCCGCCGUCCUACCCAAACCCUCCGUCCUCCUCCAGCCAAUCAUCCCAACCGUUCCCCGGCCGACUACAACAUCGUCAUACGUUAGAAGUCCCACGCGUCACCACCGCCUCCCGCCCCUCUCGCGAGCUUCCUCGUGGCAGCACUCCAGAUGAUGUCAUUUCUGCCGCCGGACGCUUCUCUCCCAGCACACCCACCCGCCCCCGUCGGUCAUCGAUGACGCUGGUUCGACGAGCAACCCGCUCGAUCCAGUCCGACAUUCAUGACGAGGGGCCGCAGGAUGAGGAAGCGGCUCGGUGGGCGGAGCAUGUGAAGCAACGAAGGGUGAGCAAACGGAAGCGGAAAGAUGAUGAGGAUGAGGACCGAGUCGUGGUCGGGACGAAGGUGGAUCAAACCCAUGUCAACUGGGUGACGGCGUAUAACAUGCUCACGGGCAUUCGCUUUACGGUGUCGAGAACCAAUGCGAAGGUCAAUCGAGAUCUGACCGAUGCGGACUUCGAUGCACGGCAUAAGUUUUCCUUUGACAUCACCGGGAACGAGUUGACGCCAUCCGCGAAAUAUGACUUCAAAUUUAAAGACUAUGCUCCCUGGGUGUUCCGUCACCUCCGCUCCAACUUCCGUCUCGAUCCCGCCGACUACCUGGUGUCUCUCACCAGCAAAUACAUCCUUUCCGAACUCGGCUCCCCCGGCAAGAGCGGGAGCUUCUUCUACUUCUCCCGAGACUAUAAAUACAUCAUCAAAACCAUCCACCAUGCCGAACACAAGUUUCUCCGGAAGAUCCUGCGGGAUUACUACAGACACGUCCAAGACAAUCCGAACACCCUGCUUUCGCAGUUUUACGGCCUGCAUCGGGUGAAGAUCCCUUACGGUCGAAAGAUUCAUUUCGUCGUCAUGAAUAACCUCUUCCCGCCACACCGCGACAUUCACCAGACCUUUGACCUGAAAGGCUCAACAAUCGGUCGGGAGUAUAGGGAAGAGGACCUGGAGAAGAAUCCGCGUGCCACAUUGAAAGACAUCAACUGGCUCCGACGAAACCGUCAUCUCCAACUCGGCCCGACCAAAAAGCAGCGGUUCAUCCAGCAAAUGGAGCGCGAUGUGAAACUGCUCCAGCGGUUGAAAAUCAUGGAUUACUCGCUCUUGAUCGGUAUCCACGACCUCAGCCGCGGCAACGAGGAGCAGCUGCGCGAGAAGAAUCUGAGCGUGUUCCAGCCGGGCGGGGAAGCGGACGACCCGGGAUCCCGCUCACUGAUGCGGACGCCGUCGGUGGUGGAGAACGCGCGGAAGGCGAGGGAGCUGCGGCAGAUGAUCAAGAGUCAGAAGCCCAUUCCGAUCGGCGAGGCGGUGUAUAAGAUGCCCGAGGAGAUGGAGGAGAAUGACCGGAGCAUGUUCUAUUUCUACGGGGACGACGGCGGGUUCCGGGCGACGCAUGAGGACAAUCGGCCAGGGGAGGAGAUUUAUUAUUUGGGGAUUAUCGAUUGUCUGACGCACUACGGCUUCAUCAAGCGCUUCGAACACUUCCUCAAAGGGCUCACCAACACCGAGCCCGAAAUCUCCGCCAUCCCACCCGAUCGCUACGGUGACCGUUUCGUCCGCUUCAUGUCCGGCAUCAGCAAAUCCCGCGAAGUCGUCGACAACGAACGCCGCGCCUCCCAAACCGCCGAACAGUCCCAACCCACCUCCACCCCCGCCGCCUCCCAGCCACCGCAGCAAUCUUCCCCCGGGAUCCUCUCCCCCUCCGUCGCACACGAACACCCCAAAACUGAACGCCUCCUCGAAAAAGCCAGCCGACUCGUCAAGUCUUCUCUACCCUCUAACCCCGACGUCGCCCCCGACCGCACCCUCACCACCCGUCCCCCCGACCCCCGCGCGGCCGAUCGCGGCGAGUCGGGCGCGUACACGCUCCCGGUCGUAGAGGAGGCGGCGGAGGAUCGGAGCGUUGGGGGAAAGAGUAACGGGAGUGGGGAACCGGCGGGGGAUAAGCAGAAGCAAGACGGGGACGGGAAGACGAAGGAGGGUGGCAAGGAGAAGGAAAUGGAUAGGGCGCCGGAAAGACCGCCGCCCACGCCCCCGAAGGACGACGCGGUGCCGGCGCCGAUCACAGGUGGGACGCGGGGCGCGGAGGAGGGGAACGGGACGGGGAUGCAGGCGUCGUGGGCGGAUACGGGUACGACGGCAUGGGAUGGGGUGGAUGGGUCGUGGUCGGUGGAGAAGUUCGAUCGCUGCUUAGAGAGUGCCGAUGGGAAUGCCGGCGCUACCGUCCAAGCGAAUGCGAGUGGGAACGGGAACGGGAAGGCGGUGGAGAUGCCGUUGCGGACGAAGGGGAGCUUCGAUAAGGAUAAGGCGCUGCCUGCGUUGCCUGCGCAGGAGCGAUGAGAUGGUGGACAUACCGAAGAGAUCUUGUCCAUCGAUCUCCAUCCGAUUCGAUAGCGAGAAAGCAGAACUAAAGGCGGAUGACCGAGCCCACCCCAGGUUCGUUGGCGGAUGAGAGCAGGACAAAAGGGCGUUCGAAACAGCAGGAAGUUAUUUGCAUUCUCAGUAUACCAGGACUUUCGAACGGGCGACGGGGUCGUGCGGGCGAGCGGGAUCCGUGGCUAGUCAGGCGCGCGGCCGGGGUCUCCUUUGUAUUGUUUGUAUGAAUAUCGUACGUGCGGCGGUGCUGCGGUGCUGCUGGGUGGGCAUUGAUGGUGGGCAUAGGGCAGUCAGCGUAGGGCUGGGUGGGCAAUGGGCAGGGCAUUCUGGCGGUAGCGAGUACGACGGCAAUAGAUCAUUUAUGUGGAAUGCGGUAGGGAGGCGGA